CUUUUACAGAUGACCAAGGAGGAGCCUAAAAGAAGCUGAUUUAUGAAAAUAUUAAAAUUAAGCCUUCACUGCGCUAAGUUGCUUAGAAACAUACAAGUAACUGCCUGCAUAUCAGAAAUAAAUAAAUAGAGAAAGAAGAAACAAAAGGGCCAGAAUGGGGAUGUCAAACGCAGAGCGUCAAAGGAAGUUUCGUGCCAGACGGGAUGAGGAUGAAACAAGAAGAAGAAAGUAUUUGUAGGACUCUAAAGAAAAGUUCAAGAAGGACAAAACAUUGGGGAAAAGAAAACAGAUUACAGAUAUGACACAAAGAGAAAAAAGGCACCAAAGAAAUAUUUGGCGAGUGCAGAAAAGGAAACUGAAAGAAAGAAGACAGGCUGAACAAGAAAGAAUAUUAACACCCCCUUCUUCACCUGUGACACCAGAACAUCAGCAAGGCAGUAAUAGGCAAAAGAAACAAUUGAUUGAAUGUAAAUUCAAUAAGACAGUUCAAACUGCAAACAACAAGAAAACCACUGAAAAUGACAGUAGUUAUAAACAAACGCAAGAGCGCAAGAGAAGACAACAGGAACAGGAAAGUAUUGUUCCAGAAAAGAGACAGAUCGAUGAUAAACAAAUGAAUCCAUAUGACAGGAAAAAGAAUUCAAAACAUACCUGCAAAAACUGGCAAAGUGUAGAACAUUUUGUGAGCUGCAGACUGAAUGCAAGCAGAUCGAUGAUAAAAUUGGUGAACUUACCAUUGACCCACAUGAGGUACAUAUUCUGAAAGAGGGUAUAGAAGUUGAUAUCAAUGCAGCUGAUUAUAUUCCGUUUGAUUUACUUGACAAUCAGCUUCUUCCAGGUGUAGUUCAUUCUGACGGAAACUGUUUACCAUCAACUGGAAGUGUUUUUGCUUACAGUGACACUGAACAUGUAGAAGAAAUGCGAGUCAGAAUCAUAAUUGAACAAGUCAAACAUGAAUUAUUUUACCUGAAUGACGAUUUCUUGCAAACUGGCGGGACUACUAGUAAAACAUCCAAGCAGUAUGCUCAGUAUUCAGAGAUGUUCAUUCCAAAUGAAAGGGAAAUGACAAAUGAAAACAUAAAAUCAAUUUACAGAAAAGAGAUUCUCAGUAUCACAAAAGACAAAUCAUUUAUGGGUAUUUGGCAAGUUCAUGCACUGUCAUCAGUUCUCAAAACCCCUAUUCAAUCAGUAUACCCUGAGCUAGGCAAUAGAAAUGUGAGGAAAGACAUGCACAAACUGAUCAAACCUGUUUCAGGAACCGAUAAUGUGGACAUCAAACAGGGAUGAUAUGGCUCCGUUACACUGGGUGCCAAAUCACUUUGUGCCAUUGUUGAAACUUCCGGAAUGGUAUAAAAUAGAUGAUGAAAAUAAUAAUGAUUUGGGCGUAUCUGACAAUUACCAAACAAAACAAUCACGUUUGGAAAGACCAAUUGAAGUUGAAAGUUCUGCACAUGAUAUAUGAAAUGCUACGAAAGUUCAUGUGUGUGAUUUGACUGCAGAGAUGGGAACGGCCAAUGAAAUCAGAAAAGCUGAUGGAACGGAGUGCACAUUUAAGGAAUUCAUGGAAAGCAGUGUCGACAGUUUGAAUAUAGGAAUUGGUAAGGUAGACGGGGCAAAUAAUGGGACAGAAAGUGAUAUUAAAGAUACCAGUUCAAAGGUAAAUGGGUCAAAUGGUGGGACAGAUAGUGAUAGUAAAGAUGUUGAUGCGAAGGUAGAUGGUUCAAAUGGUGGGACAGAUAGUGAUAGAACAGAUGAUGAUCCAAAGAUAGAUGGUGCAAAAGUUGGGACAGAUAGUGAAAGUAAAGAUGUUAAAGAGAAGGUAAAUGGUUCAAAUGGUGUUACAGAUAGUGAUAAAACAGAUGAUGAUCCAAAGAUAAAGGGUGGGACAGGUAGUGAUAGAAAAGAUGCUGAUGAGAAGGUAGAUGGUUCGAAUGGUGGGACAGAUAGUGAUAGAACAGGUGAUGAUCCAAAGAUAGAUGGGGCAAAAGUAGGGACAGAUAGUGGUAGUAAAGAUGCUGAUGCGAAGGUAGACGGUUCAAAUGGUGGGACAGAAAGUUAUAGUAAAGAUGCUGUUGCAAACGAUGAUCGGGAACAACAUGAGACAGAACAUGUAAAUACCGAUUUAAAUGACCAUGAAGGUGUAAGUAUGGGAGAGAAACAUGGGAACAAGAUCAGUGACAUUGACACAAAUUUUGACACAUGUAUGUAUAAAGAGAAACAUGUUCUUGUGAAUUUCAAUGGAAAAGCACAUGUUGGUAUUGUGAAAGAGACAAACUUGUCAUCUGUAUUAGUAGACUGUAUGCGCCGAAAUGGUAAAAAAGAUAAAAACAGUUUCUGCUUGCCAAUGAAAAUAAGAGACACAAAUUUGUAUCAGCUUACAGAUGUUAUUGCCAUUGUUGAAUGCUCCAUAUUCCUGGACAGAGAAACAGGUAUCAACUAUAUGAAAAAUCAUGGCAAAUGUAUUCAUCUCAUUGUUGAAUAAAUAUCGCAGCAUUCAACAGUAGCAAUGCCAUCUGAUAGUACACUGUAACAUCUUUUACUUGACAAAACAUUUUGUAUGAUCCAUAUUGUAAUGCAACAUUCAUGAUGUACAGAAUUUGUUUGAUGUAACAGUUUAUUUCUUUCAUGUAACGAUACAUUUAUUGAAAUAAGAAAAACAUGUAUCCAAGUUUUGUUAACUUAUGUUAAUAGUUUAUUUUCUUGUUCAUCGGAUGUUACUGAAUUGUUUACGCUGUACUUUUGAUGUUGACAAAACAUUAUGUAUGAUCCCUUUUGUAAUGUGAAAGUAUCAAUCAUACAUUCAUGAAUAAAAUUUCUUUGAUGUAACAGUUUAUUUCUUUCAUGUAACGAUACAUUUGCUGAAAUAAGGAAAAUAUGUACCCAAGUUUUGUUAACUUAUGUCAAUAGUUUAUUUUCUUGUUCUUCGGAUGUUACUAAAAUGUUCACGCUGUACUUUUGAUGUUAUGAAGUUAAAUAAAAGAUUUAAAACUUAAA